AUGUGCUUAAAACAUGCCAAACCUGUGGUAUGUUCAGAGGACUGGGUUGGAGUAAGAGAUAAGUGUUUCUAUUUUUCUGAUGAUACCAGAAAUUGGACAGCCAGUAAAAUGUUUUGCAGUUUACAGAAAUCAGAACUUGCUCAGAUUGAUACACAAAAAGAUAUGGAAUUUUUGAAGAGGUUCGCAGGAACGGAUAUGUACUGGAUUGGACUAAGCAGAAAACCAGAAGAUUCUUGGAAAUGGACAAAUGGCAGCACAUUCAAUAAUUGGUUUCAAAUUACAGGGAAUGGAUCCUAUGCUUUCCUGAGUGCUGAUGGAGUCCAUAGUUCCAGAGGACUUAUUGAUAUCAAGUGGAUUUGCAGCAAAUGUAAGUAGUUUUAUUUUAUUUUAAUUUUUAUUUCAG